AUGCGAUUUAAAUCCUCCAGCUCUGUGCAGACACCAGUUUAUAAAUCAUCAUCCGAUGCUCUCAAUUCUAUUUCCAAGGCUGAAAAGUGUGGCAAACGCCAGAUCUUGCUGGUCAGUCCCAGAUUUGACGUGUCUGUCAGGGACUUGGAGAAGUGGACAAACAACCUUCUGCCAUCAAGGCAGUUUGGUUUCAUUGUGAUGACCUCAUCUGUUGGUAUUAUGGCCCACAAGGAGGCCCGAAGGAAACACAUGGGAGGCAAAAUUCUGGGUUUCUUCUUUUAA